AUGGCUACAACCCAUACAGUUCUUACGGGCAAGGCAGAUCACAGUCCUACGGGCAGAGUGCUCAGCAGCCUGCUGGCGGCUAUGGUGGCACUGGAGGACAGCAGGGCCAUGGCGCUAACGUGGCGCCAGGGGGCUAUUCUGGAGCAGGCUCAAGUUACCAGCCGCAACAAGGCGCUUACGGUUCCGCCAGUGGCACUGGCGGAUCUGGAAGCACAUAUGGAGCUUCCGGUAGUGGCAAUACGUAUGGGUCUAGUUCAGGGCCUUACGGAGCAGCAGGCAGCACUGCUGCUCCAUAUGGCAGCAGCACCGGCGGGCCCAGCUACCCCUCAUCGUCCUCGGCGCAGCCUGGCUACGGUGCCGGAACGGGUUCGGCCCCCGCGGGCUACGCGGCCAACCCAAGUGGAAACUACGGUGCAGGCACCAACAGUAGCAACUAUCCCACAAGCGCUGGUAACUACCCGUCAGCCGCUGGAGGCUCUGCUUAUUCAGGCAGCACAUACGGCUCUGGUGGUCAGGGCGCAUAUGGGCCAGGGGGCUCAAACACUGCAGCUGCUGGUGGAACUGGUGGCAGAACCACAGCUGCGGGCGCCUAUGGCACGAACACUGGAACCAGUGCAGCCACUGGAACUGGCCCUUCCAAUACGGCUGUGGGGUCUUCUGCCGCAACAACGUAUGGGGCGUACGGAACGUCUGGUACUGGAGGCACGCAGUCUGUCCCCGGCUUAUACGGCGCAUCGUCCGCAGCAGGUACCGCGGCCCGCCCGGAGCACUUAUGGCCAGCCUGGGAGCAGUGCAACAGUUGCACAGGCAAGUUACGGAGCGCAACAUCAGGCGCAGCAGCCGUCGGCACAACAGCAGUACGGAGCAUAUGGGCAAAACACUGGAACGGGUAGCAGCAAUGUGGCCACGGCAGGCGGGCAGCAGACCAACGCCAGCACGUAUGGCGGAAGCGCGCCACGAACGUACGGGGCCGCACCAACUACAGCUGGCGGUCCCACCAGCCAAGCUGGUGGUGCCUUCGGUGCACAGCCUCCAGCGCAGACGGCGGCUUAUGGCGCGGCCACUGGCAGCAGCCAACCACCAGCUUCUGGCUACGGCACCUCCAGCACCGCGUACAGCACAAAGACUAGCCAGCCGGCCACUUAUGGUGGCGGGCCGCAGCAGGGCGCCUACGGCUCGGCGGGUCAGCAGACUACCUAUGGUACAGCGGCAGGCCAGCAGGCGGCCGGACCUGCGCCUGGUCUCGGGAGCUCUCAACCGACAAGUGUGUACGGCACAGGUGCGUCAUAUGGCCCCAGCAAUCAGCAUGGCAGCACUUUCGGCGGCGGGGGUACAGGCACGGGGAGCAACCAGCAGGCCAACAGUGCGUGGCCGGGAGGCUAUGGGUCGGCAGCGCAGCAACAACUCCCUGCCAGUGGACCUGGGGCCGGCGUGUCCAGCCAGUCGGCGCCACCUGGUCUGCAGGCGGGUGGCAGCAGCACAACGUACGGUGCAGUGCGUCAGACUGCUCCUCCCACUGGACAGCAAUCGGCGUACGGCUCCAGCUCCUAUGCAUCUACCAAGCCGCCUGCCGUCGGCAGUUCCUAUGGGGGCGGUGGCAUGGGCUCCACUGCGGGAGCGGCUUCUCCGCCAAGCCGUAGCGCGGGGCCAAGCUCCAUGCCCAUGGGUGGGGGACCGGGUGGCGGGCCUGGAUCCAUGGGUCCCGGCAGUGGUCCAGGCGGUGCCAGCGGACCUGGCCCCACGCGAUAUUAUCCGCAGGCUCCCACAGGCCCGGGGCCCAUGGGUCCGAUGGGCGGGCCGCCAGGACCGAGGGCGGGACCAAUGGGCCCCAUGGUUAUGAUAGGUGGCGGUCCUCCGGGUCCAAUACCGAUGGGCAGGCCCGGCCCUUAUGGCGGCGGCCCAGGCCCGAUGGGCGGCCCUAUGCCAAUGCGCGAUGACGAUCGAGGCCGAGGUUCAAUGGGACCCAUGGGUCGCCGCGACUACGACGACCGGGGUCCGGGCCCCAUGAGAGGUGGUCCGCCGCCGCCCCGUGACUUCAGGGAACGCGACCGCGACUUCCGCGAUCGUGAUCGCGACCGGGAACGCGAUUUUCGCGAUCGGGAUCGUGACGUGCGGGAUCGGGAGCCACGGGACCGGGAUUUCCGGGACCGAGACACCCGGGAUGCUCGGGACGCACGUCCCGAUGUUCGGGACUCGCGAGAUCGGGACCGUAGCGACCGGGACAGGGACCGUGCAGCGGCUCCCCCACCAAGGGAUCGGGAUCGAGACCGGGACAGGCGGCCGUCCCCGGCAGCACCGCCUAGACGUGAUCGGGUGCCCGAAUAUGGCGUGCGUGUGCCGCAAUACUGCCUGACCACUAUGGAGCGUGAUUACAUGGAGCUAGCACGUCGCCAUUCGCAUUUGGCCGUGCCCCCAGACUUUUCUCGUCUCGUGUGCAGCUGGGUGAGGGCGCAACCUGGGCCGGUUGACAGCCUAGGAUUCAGCCUGCUGCCGCUGGACCGCCACAUCCGCUACGACCACGAGCAGGACCUCACACGGGGCGCGGUAGCGGCCGAAUCCGCUGGGGAAGCAGGUGCUCCCGUGCACGGCGGUGUCAAGUAUGUGGCGAAGGUAGGCAGGGAGGGCCGUACGGAAGGCGGUACGGGGUCCAACUGCAGGGCGAAGAGUGGGCUAGCAUUUCGGGUCUAUCUUGGCAGUCUGACGCUUGGGGGCCAGGUGCUGCUCGUGCAGGGCCUCUCCCCUUCGCUGCGCAUGGACGUGCUGGUGGGUCCGCACCACGAGGGCGGUGCGCACCUGGUCCAUGCGCUCAAAUUUGUUGCUGCGCGCUUCAGCCGCUCGCAGCCCUCUGCUGGGGCCGAAGAGCGCGAGGGCAAGGACAAGGAGGGUGGUAAGGACAGGCAACGCGGUGUGCUGGGGGCGCUGGGUGGCACGUGGGAUCCGGAGCUGGACGGCGGUGAUCCAGAGAGCGAGGACGGCGGCCUCAUCCGCACCUGCAUCCGCCACGUCAAGAACCAGGCGGGUGUUGACCUUUCGGCGUGCGCCCACUGGCUCCGCGUCUGUGACAUCACCUACAUGCGCGCAGCCUCCUCGCCGACCUCGGGUAGCGGUGAUGCGGCAUCGGCUGGGCAGCUGUCCUCCAGCAUCUCCGACCCGCAGCUCCGUGAGGUGGUGGUCGUGUUUGCUGCCGUUCCAGACGCAUGUAUGGCGGGGCCGGACGCAUGGCCUGAGGAAGCGCGGCAGCAGCAAGCCUUCAAGCAGCAGCGGAUUGCGCUGGAGUCGGAGGCCAGGAAGAAGGAGGACGCGGCUACCGCGCGCAAGGACAAGGACGUAGUAACAGAAAAGGAGAAGACCAAGGACGAGAAGCGGGACAAGCGUGAGGAGGAGACGAACCCUGGCGCUGAGGCAAGCAAGGACAAGGAUGUGGAUGACCCUUUGAAGGGUGCAGGCAAGGAUAAAGACAAGGACAGCAACGACAACAACAAGGAAGCGGAUGGAGAUAGCAGCAAAGCGGAACCUGAGGCGGCGCCUGUCCGCGAGGUGCCGCUGCCGGAGGAGCCGGGUAUCCAGCUGCGCGGCCGCGCAAGCGGACUCACAGCUGGCGCCGGGCUGGGCGGCUACGAGCGUAUUAAGACGUUUUCCAUCAGUCUGCAUGGUCUCCUGGACUAUGACGAGACAGAUCGGGACGAGCCUACCUUUGAGCUGUCCGUGUUCACUGAAUGCUUCCAGGACAUGCUCUCGAGGGAAUAUGGCGGAACCAUUUACGCAGCACUGGUGGCCGAGAGGUCGCAGCUCACAAAUCCGCCGGCGGCCUCCGCAGUUGUGACGGCACAGGCACAUGCGCCAGUGGAAGCUGGCAACGCAGGUUCCGCAGGCAAGCGCAGCCGUGAGGAGAGCAAUGGGGCGGAGCUUGGCCAGGCCGACAGCGAAGCUCAUGAAGGGGAAAAGGACAACAAGAAGCCCCGUACCAAGGACGUCCAAAACGAUGCGAUCGGUUCUGAUGUUGCCGGGGGCGACUCGGACACUGUGAAGGAUGUGAGCGAGUCGGAGCAAGUAGCCGGGCCGUCGGCAGAAGGCCAAGCGGCAGUGGAUGCUCCUACAGAGGAAAAUCCUGAGGAAGAUAAAAAGCCUGGGGAUGCGGCCAUGGCUGAGGUGUUGGCAGCAACGGAGGACACUGCAGGCGAUGCUGGAGCGCCGCCUAAGGCUGAUGGUGCUCUCGCCGAGGAGGAGGCUGAGGAGGAGGAGGCUCCUGCGAGCAAAACAUCCAAGGGCAAGGCCAGGAGCCGAGCGGCAACGGCACGCGGUCGUGGUCGCGGCCGGGGCGCUCGUGGUGGCAAGGGCCGCAAGGGAGCCAAGCAGAUGGAGGAGGAGCCAGAAGCUGAGCAGGACGCUGCUGCAGCCGAGGUGGAAGCUGAUCCCAAGACGGAGUCGCAGCAGGAAGAGAAGGCUGAAGUGGCGCCUGACAUCAAAGCCGAGCUUGAACCCCACUCGGCUUCGGAGGCCCAAGCAGAUCCCGAGGCUGCGGUAGAGGCGGAAGUCAAGACCGAGGAGGCUGCUGCUCCAGCCGGCGACAACGGUACUGAACCUACAAAAGCGGAUGAAGAUAUGCUAGCAGCAGACCGCAAGGUGGCGGAGGCGGCCAUGAUUGAGGCGGACGUAAAGCUGGAGGAGCCGGCUAAUGGCGCCUUGGUGCCUGUAAAAGUAGAGCCCACGCCAGAGGCAGACAUGGACAUUGACAACAUCGAGGCGGCAACGCCGCCGCCACCGCCGCCACCGCCGCCGGGACCUAUAGCCCCGGCCGCGUCACCCGCUAAAGAACCCCGGGAAGGUUCUGCCAAGCCAUCCGGCCCAUCCGGGGGCCGUUCAAGCUCUCGAGACGCCAAGGAUGCAAGGGACAAAGAGCGGGAGAAGGACCGCGAGAAGGAGAAAGAACGGGAAAAGGAGAAGGAGCGCAGACAGCGCAAGAAAUAUUUGACGGAUAACAACUUGCUGCUGGCCUUCAGGUACUUCGACCGCACCGGUUGCGGAUACAUUCGCACAGACGACCUACGGCGUCUGAUGCAUAGCCUGGGUAUGGGCCUCCCGCAUCGGAUUGUGAAGGAGCUGGCACGUGGCGGCUGGGACGAGAUUGGGCCCAACUGCCGCUUUAAGGGUGACAAGCUGUACUACCGGGACCUGACGGACAAGGAGGUCAAGAUUGAGCAUG